AGCACCAACACUCAACUCAGACCGCACCCCUCUCCGUUAGGCUCUGCAGCUCGGCACUGCAACUUUCGUGUCUUGUUGGUCCGUCGAUGGCCGUCCGGUGCUGUUAGGCGCCCGAAUCUUUCCUGGACCACAGCGACGAGUGAUGGAUCUGCGAGGCAAGGUGGCCCUGAUCACGGGAGGCGCCGCCGGAAUCGGCAAGGCGUGCGUCGAGGAGCUCCUCAAACUUGGCUGCAAGGUUUCAAUUUGCGACGUUAACUCAUCAAACGGAGACACUUUGGCCCAAGAACUAGGACAGAAAUUCAACAAAUCAGUAAUUUUCUGUCCAUGUGAUGUCACAGAUUACCCUCAGUCGGAAGAGGCGUUUCAAGAGACAACCUCUGCUUUGGGCCCAAUUGACAUUGUUGUCAACAAUGCUGGAAUUAUGAAUGACCGCUUUUGGGAGCUCGAGGUUGACACAAAUUUGAACGGGGUGAUUCGCGGCACACUACUAGGGAUGCGGUUCAUGGGCAAGGACCGUGGCGGCAAGGGCGGCACCAUCGUCAACGUCGGUUCCAACACGUCGAUGCGGCCGUACGUGUCAGCGCCCAUCUACUCGGCCACCAAGCAUGCAGUGCUUGGAUUCACGCGCUCAUUUGGGGACCCGUUCCACGUGGAGCAGACAGGGGUGCGAGUUGUGGCCCUUUGUCCAGGCGCCACCAGCACUGGCAUCAUCAGCGACAUCAGGAAGCAGCUUCUACACGCGAGUUUUGAACCCGCCUGGCAGAGAGACACCGCCAACUCCAUUUACCAAAAGCCAGAUCACGUGGCGCGGGCGUUGGUGACGGUUUUGCAGAGAGCAGUGAGCGGCUCUGUGUGGAUGGUCGAAGGGGGACAACCGCCCUACGAGAUCAACUUUGCCAACCCUUAAAUUUGCUCUAUGACAACAGAAGGAAAACGGAAAUUUGAUAUCGUCCUGCUCGAAGCAGACGCUGUUUUGUAGAACGAACGCGUUUCCAAUUUUGUAUUUGCAGAAAAGUCCAAAAAAUCAACAGAGGGACUUUUUUGGACAACGACGAGACCAAGUAUUUUUUCCUAAGUGAGGAGCUUUUGAAUGAAAUAGCCCCUCGAUAAUCUCAACUAAAAGGUGGUGGUAAUUUGUGAAAUUUAAUUUAAUUCCUUAAUAUCAUUCGAUUUAAUUGAAAUUUUAAGCGAUAAAUUUCUUUUCAAAAAAUUUGCUCCUUUUAAAAUGGAUUUUUUUUUAACCUGGGAAAUUCUAUCCAAGGCACCAGAACUAAUUGAAUUUGUGAUCGAGAAAGAAAAUAUUUGAUUUUUAGCUGAAAAAGUAGCAAUUGAUUAAUAAUUUUUUGAUUAAGUUUUGCAAACUUGCAAAUUUACCAUUGUUAAUUGUGCUUCUUAUCUGAAGUUGCAAACUUUUUGUCUACCAGAGAGUUCCACCAAAUUACUGACUACCUUAUGUCUUUAGCAUCAAUAUAAAGGAACAGAAAGCAUAAAUAUCACAAAGUAGAUUUCACUAGGAAUACAACUCAAAACGUAUAUCAACCAAUAAUAAAAAAUACACAAUAGGUAAGAAAACAACACGUGCCCAACACACUAACUUCAAUCAUGCUUCUGCUAAAAAGGUGAUAAUUGUUUUCAGUUUGUAAUUUGUUUGAAAGCUAGCAAGUUUAGGAAAAUUGACUUUUUGAUAGGUUGUACUAACUUUAAGCACCAUUACACUAAUGUGAGAUAUUGAUUAAUGUUAAGCUAAAGGCUAUGUCUACGAAUUUGUUGUCUACCAUAAAACUUCCUUCUCAAUACAAGAAUUAUCAGUAAAAAUGAUUAAAAAGCCAAAA